UCAAAUGUGGCAGUGAACGGCGCGCUCUUUGCAGGCGAAGGCUUUUGUUUUUGAGUUGCCAGCACCUUGCUACGUCAAAGAAAUUUAUUAAAGCGCGUUGCAUAAUCACAACACGCUUGUUUCUUCUGAAGCCCUUCCUAUACUACUUUUCGUCUUUUUAAAAACAUUUUUUUUUAGCGACUGACUGUCGAAAAUAUGUAAGACAAAUAGUUUUAAUGUUUUGAAUCUUUCUGCUUUGUACCGAAUAGUUGUGUGAUAUGCGCUGAAAUGGACGAUGUUUUGUGAAAUAGCAAUUGCAAACGUUACAGGAAAAAUGAGAGCGGCAGUACUUUAAGUUCCGCAGGGCUUCAUUGAUAAUCAUCUGUCAUGGAAAAAAGCGGGAUGCAUAACUUUCAGCAGUGGGCUGCGCACCCGAUUUAACUGGACUUUAUCCUUAGAGCCGGCACUUGUACAGACAACACCUACCAAGAAGGUUGCUAGAACGUUAAAGAGUACAAUUUCUUUUCGAUGUCUUGUUUGAGACAGUUUCUCGCGGAUUUAGACCAUCUCUUAUUUGGAUGUUUCUGUGGAUCUUUUGGAGGUUUUAUUGAUCGACAAAAAGGUCGGCAUUUCAGUGAGUUUUCAUGUUCGAUACGACUGCUCGUUGAGCUUUUACUCUCUUUCCACCAUCUCCUUUUGCACUGUUAAUCUGGAGAAGUUAGGAUUAUGACUGUUUUACACUCAUUGUCUUUCUUCCGCCAGACGUCAGAUUCUUUACGUUUAUAUUGCAAAAAAUAUCAACUGUCAAGGUGACUGAUUAAUGACGGGCGCAUAUUUACAUUAAGGGAGAGUAAAAUGACUAAACUGAACAGCAGAGAUGGAAAUCUCCGCUGGUUUGUGCCUGUGUGAUACCGUCUUUCCCCACUGAAAAGUUGCCCAUCUGUCAGGCAGAGCGUGACCAUGGACUCCGUUGUCCGUGCUUUCAUGAUAUUGCUGUUCGGUCAGGUGUUAUUCGGAGGCUGUACUGGACUUAUUCCCGAGAUUGGCCGGCGAAAAUACAGUUCCCCACUGUCCGAGGACAUCUUAAACACCUUUGAACUUCGACUUCUAAGCAUGUUUGGGCUAAAACAGAGACCGAAUCCAAGCAAGUCUGUCGUCGUUCCACAGUACAUGAUUGACUUGUUCACAGUGUACUCUGCGAACACGGAGCAAAAACAUAGUCGACCGAAAGGUUCCCUCGGGAGGAAUUCUCAAAGGUCCGCCAGUCGGGCUAAUACAAUAAGAAGUUUCCACAAUGAUGAAUCUGCAGAGGAGUUGUUAAGUCAUGGUGGGAAAAUGUCUCAAAGAUUCCUCUUUAAUUUAAGCUCCGUCCCCAGCGAGGAGUUUGUCACAUCAGCAGAGCUGAGGAUUUAUAGGGAGCAGGUCAUGACAACCACAAAUGCUAGCAGAAACAACAGUACAGGGUACCAUCGCAUUAACAUAUAUGAGGUCAUGAAGCCUGCCGUUUGCAGUAAAGAGCCCAUUACGAGACUCCUGGACACCAGACUGGUUCAGCACAGCCUGAGCAAGUGGGAGAGCUUUGACGUAAGUCCUGCCGUCGUGCGGUGGACCACAGAGGGACACACCAACCAUGGCUUCGUAGUGGAGGUGGUUCACCCCAGCCAUGCAGAAGGAGACUACAAGAGGCAUGUCAGGGUCAGUAGGUCCCUGCAUAACAGCGAGGACUCAUGGCAACAGAUGAGGCCACUCCUGCUCACAUUCAGCCAUGAUGGCAAAGGACACAUGCUGCACUCUAGGGAGAAGCGCCAGGCGCGACGCGGCAGCAAGCCGAAGAAAAAACACAAAGCCAACUGCAGAAGGCACUCCCUCUAUGUGGACUUCAGUGACGUGGGCUGGAAUGACUGGAUAGUGGCCCCGCCAGGCUAUCAUGCCUUUUACUGCCAAGGGGAGUGUCCUUUCCCUCUGGCAGACCACCUGAACUCCACCAAUCAUGCUAUUGUGCAAACGCUGGUCAACUCUGUGAACAGCAAUAUUCCUAAAGCCUGCUGCGUGCCCACCGACCUGAGCCCCAUAUCCUUACUCUAUCUGGAUGAGUAUGAGAAAGUGGUCCUGAAAAACUACCAGGAUAUGGUGGUGGAAGGCUGUGGGUGCCGCUGAAAGCCACAGACUCGCAUUUUGCAAGGACACUUUAUUUCCUGAUACUACACUUUUUAUUUAUGCUAAAGUAAAACACAUAUUUUGGAAAAAAAAAAAUAUAUAAGGCUAUAUUUAUGUCCACUAAUGGGAAAAUAAAUAUUUUAAAUUCAAG